ACACGGUACUGCAGAUUCGAUCUUGUUCAAACGGACGUCACACAGCAGCCAUCAUCAUGCAGCAUAUAUUAUUGGCCUUUACUUUAUUUGGCUGUGCUGUUGCACAAUAUGGCGCAUUCCGUGGCUUCCCAAACCAAAAUGCUUACCGACCGACACCUAGGCCAACGAUACAACCCCAAUAUACACCUCAGUAUAAUAAUCCUGGAAGGUUUAUAGCUAUACGAAGUCAACAAAAGGAUUCUUACCCAGAUGGAACUUAUACAUUCAGCUAUGAUACCGAAAACGGAAUUUCAGUCGCAGAAAGCGGACGUCCACAAGGCACUGCACAAGGACAGGGAGAGGUUGUCCAAGGGAGAUUUUCAUACCCUGCACCAGAUGGAACUCCUAUCACUGUGGAAUAUACAGCGGAUGAAAAUGGUUUCCAUCCUCAAGGUGCACAUUUGCCAACUCCUCCUCCCAUUCCAGAAGCAAUCAGACGAGCUCUUGCCGCUAAUCCUCCUGGACCCGACGAUUCAGACUAUAGGCAACCAUAUAACCCAAAUAUUUACCGAAGAUAUUAAAUAAAAUAUUAACUAACUAAAUGAUUUUAAGAAUGUCUAAGCUUGCAUUUAAUCUUUAUUGCCUUAUAAUCUGACCUGAUGUGUGUAAAUAUGUAUAUCAUGCAUAACCAACGAGAUACCAACGUUCAAAUCUAUAU